AUGGAAGGCUUCAACAAUUGGAAACGAACAAGUGAUUUUACGCUAUAUUGGUUGGAAAGGAAGCAGCUUAGAACCCAAUUAGACACACAAGAGUCUUGCUCAGACUACGCAGAAAAUAUAUUAAAGGAACAAACAACAACCCUAACCACCAACUUCCGGUCAACAGCUCUGACGCAUACAGUUGAUACACAAUCUGUUGCUUCUAAUAGUGUAGAAUUCAUGCCUUUACCUAUAACCACUCUUCGAACACCGACCGUAGAGAGGGAAGAUGAUAUCCUCUAUCCACCUUCACCAGCAGCUUUUACUUCCCCAUCAAUAGAUAUCAACGCCAUACCAGUUGUCCCCUUGGCAUUAUCAAGAGCAAACUUACUCCAAAUUGAAACAUCCAUUCAUGAGAUCCUCGCUUUAUCACACAUUUUUCUGUCAUACCUUAGCCAGCAUAACAAAAAUAUAGACAUUACGGAUGGAAUCUGCGCAAAUGUUGCCCGUAUUAUCGAUUCAGUUGAGCAGAAGGUUCAAUCUAAAGAUGAGGCAACUACCCUAUUAUCACAACUUUGUAUUAAUUUAGAUGAACACGCUUCCUCAGUGGUUUGUGGGAUAAUCAAAGCCAUGAAUGAGCUGCCUCUGCAAGCUAUUAAGGACAAAACAUCAAUUGCUGAAUCCGACGCAACGAUUACUAAGCUGAAUCAGUUGGUGUUUGGGCACAGUCUAGGAUUUGGACAAGCAAAGUUAACAUUCCCUCGUUCUCUGGAGGAAUUGCCUGGCUUUAUCUCUUUAAAAAACUUGAACACGCUGAUGCGGAUCUCUGAAAUGUUUUGGCGCAUGUGUAAGACUGCUUCUGUCCAGAAUGUCGAUACCCUGAGCGACAAAUGUCGGUCAACUCAUACCUUCCUUUAUACUCUCAUCGAUGGCGCAAAGAAUUGACACCAAGCAUGCGCUAUGCGUUUUAACGACUUUUUUUUUCACAUCACGUCAUUUUCUUUUCAAAAAGAGUAUUCUAUAGAAAGCACUUUGUAAUAAACUGAG